AUGGAGAAGCAGCAGGAGGAGGAAGCCGCCGCCGAGCUAGCAGAACCGGGAGGAGAAGGCGGGCAGCCUGAGGCCGCCGGCGCCCAGGAGGCGAGCCCCAAGGACCGCUUGUCCCUGCUGCUCAGGCUGAGAGCACAGACAAAACAACAGCUCUUGGAAUAUAAAUCAACGAUUGAUGCAAAUGAAGAAGAAACAACGGAAGAAAUGAUGCAAGAAGAACAAAUCGAAGCUAAAAUUGAAGGCCUGGAAAAUGAAAUUGAAGAGGCGAAGGUUGCCUUUGAAAUGAAAAGUCUUGCACUGGGCAGGAUACAACUCUCAGCUGCACUUGAAAAUAACCUGGAGGAUGUUAAUACCAAGACUACUUUGCUCCUUGAUAACAUGAAACAUGUAUUAAAGCUAAAUAAAUUAAUAAUGACAUCACAGCAGGAAUCUUGGGACUUAGAGGAAACACUGCUUAAUAUUAGAAAGAAGAGAUUGCAAUUAAAACAAGCUUCUGAAAGUAAACUUUUAGAAAUACAGACUGAAAAGAAUAAACAGAAGGAUGACUUGGACAAUAUGGAAAAUUCAGAUAAAAUAAAGGCCAUACGGAAAAAUCUACAGGAGGAGAUACAAACUACUACAGUUAUUCAGCAUGUGUUUCAGAAUCUCAUCUUGGGGAGUAAAGUCAAUUGGGCAGAGGAUCCUGCCUUAAAGGAAAUUGUUCUGAAGCUUGAGAAGAAUCUCACCAUGUUCUAA